AACAUUAAUGGAAUUAUCAUCUUCAUAAUAUAAUUAUUAAACAUACAUUUGUAUAGUAGAUACAUUGUAAUAUGGAUAAAAGCUUACUCAUAUAACAGUUAUCAAAUUGGUGUUAAUUUAAACUAAGGAGUUAAAAUUGUUUCAAUAAUUUUGAAAAGGGAGAGAAGAGCAGAAGAAAGAGAUAGAGUAGGAAACAAAUACUAUGUAUUUCUUGUUCUUAGAAAAUAAUAGUUCUACUUAACCUAUAUCAGCAAUAUUCUAAAAUAAAUUAUAAUGAAGUUUACGCAGUUAUUAUAUAAACAACACAUAGGUAAAGCAAUAAGAUAUUUAUGGCAACAUCAACGAGAAAGAAGUGUGCAAGUAACUAAAGCAGAAAAAAUGUUAAAAUCUAUGAAUUUUACAAUACAUGAUGCUACAGAAUUAAUAUCAGCAAAAAGAAUUGAAAAUUCAACUGUUUUUAAUAAGUCAGAAUCUAAUUCCAAUAGUAAAAGUUGUUUGGUAAUUGAAGAUUGGAAUGUUUUACAAGAAGGUGUACCACAAGCAUGUGUAUUAACGAAAACCCUAAAACUUGAUGAUGCAUUACCAAAGAAUAUACAAGAGCUAAUUACUGACGUUCCAGACAAUGUAGAUAAUUUAUUAAAAAGAUUUGUUUAUACAUCUGUAAUAUAUGAUGCACAGCAAGUAAAAUUACCACGAUUGAAAGAUCCUAAUCGGCCUGCUUGGGUGUUUCCAAGAGUAUAUGGUAUAUCUAGUACAAGAAAAAUGCAUAAUUUAACAAAGAAGUUUUUACAACUUUGUGAAUCAUUAUGUGGAUUAAAUGAUGUACAAUACAAAUCAAUAGUUCAUGAUGGACUUGUAUCUAUGUGUAUAGGGAAAGAAAACGAUUUUAUAAAAUUUUCCUUAAAAAUGGAUAUAAUGAUGACAUCUUCGAUACCUCUAGCACCUAUAGCUGAUGUAAAUAUGGAUAACGAAUAUGCAUUUCCUAAUCUUCACCCACUACAUUGUACUGUUGGUUUAUCUAAAUUAGAUAUUGAUAACACUGAGGAUUUAUAUCCAAUUGAUACGGAAUCGCCAUUAAUGAAUGUUCACACUAUUUUUAUAAAUCACAAUCCAGAGGAAGUUAAAAAUAUAACUGAAUUGCCAGUAACUGAAGAUCAAAUUCACGCACGUUCAAUGAUGAAAUCAUUUACUGUAGCAGCAACUUGUGCCCGACAAAAGUUUGGAUUAAAUGUGAAGAAGUUACCUGAACCUAUUGUUGUGCAAUGUGUUCAGUCAGAUGGACAAAAUUUUCAUUUCUCUGUAUACCAACUUAAUACCUUAGAUAUUGAUGGCAAAAAAGGAAUCACAAAUUUUUGGUGGUCAGAACCAUCAAUAAAAUUAUAUGAAAAAGCUCUAUAUGAAAAUGGGCAACCUUGUCUUACAGGCUACAAUCGUGAUGUUUUUAAUAGAUUUCUUGCAUUUUAUAAAAAUAAAUAAAAUAAGAUAAUUAUUGAUAAUAAACUCGUACAUCAUUUUUAAGAAAAUAAUCGAAUUUUAUGUACCUAUAAAAAUAUUUAUAGUUCUUAUUCUAUCAGGUUUAAAAUGAUUAAAAUUAAAUAAUCUCGAAGUUUAUUAUAAUUAAACGUAUAAUUUAUUUGUGUGGUCACUUCUAUAUAUUAUAAUCUUAGUGUAUAUAUUUUUGUUUUAUUAAUUAUAUAUGUACUUUGUUAAUAUGAACAUUUAUUAUAUAAUAGUUAACAGAUUUUUAAAAAGGGUAGUAGCUUGGAUAUUUGUAUUAAUUUCUUUCUGCUUUAUUUGAUAGCGAUGACUAGUUUGUGGUUUUAUCAAAUGUUUUGAAGAAACAUAUGGUUUAAUAUGAAAAUAUGGAUGUUGUAAUGCCUGAAAUAAGAAAUAAGAAAUAUUUUAAUUUUUGUUAGUAA